UCAUGCAACGCGUUACGUACGCGGGUUGUCGAUGUGAUUGCGUUACGGUUUAGAAACCGUCAAAGACGGAGAGGAACAUCCAUUGGUUUUUUGUUUGUUUUUCGCGGCGGACAGCCAAGAAAACACGCGGUUUUACAUGGUUUUCGGGUCGCAUAAAGGAACAGAAGCGGUAACCACGACGGGCAACACUUGGCUGUACAAUACCACCACCCAAGGCGCGAUGAGCAGCAGCUCAGGGUUAGGAUUCGGCGUCGGUGUCGGUGUCGGCGUCGCUGGCGGACCAACCCUGGCGGCCGCUCAACAGGGCCAAGGUGUAGCCGCGCUGCUGGUGAUGCUCGCGGUGCUAUGCUUCAUAUUCGCUUAUUGCUGUUGGGGCGCGCCGUUUUGCCGAUCCCUGUGCAGACGGCACUGUUGCUGCAGACUGGAGGAUCCGGAGCCCGAUUCACGAUUCGGAAACAGCGACCAGGCGAUGGUCGCAACGCCGACGAUUAUCCUCUUGCCGCACGGUAGGAUGCUCGUUGUGGACGGUACGAUCUUCACGCAGUUCCAAACCGACCCCACCGGUUUAGACCUGGUGGAACUCGGCGAUAGUGUUCUCCGUGCCCAAAGGAAUCCACGAAGCAUAAACAGGCAUCAGCUGCAAAACAGUCAAGGCAGCAUAUUAGAGAUGGACGCGGAAACACCUAGUAAAGACAGUCUUGGGUCUAUAGGAUGUUUCCCACCCCCGACGUACGAGAGUAUAUACGGAAAGGAAGAGUCGGAUAUGCCGCCGUCGUACUCCGACAUUCUGUUGCACAGGUUUGCCAAUCUUCCGCACGAGAUCGACAUACACAAUUAUCGUUCGGAUGGUAAAGAGGAGAUCGAGAUGCAGAGCUUGGACGGUUGUCCUCACAUACUAAGCAACCCGAUGAACGCGAUACCGUAUCCGUACACGUCGGUAACAAGCUUCUCUAGUCAGAGUUUCCCGCGUAGAAACGUCACGAGGAAUCCGUCGAUCAUCAGUAAUCCAUUGGACAGCUAUUACCUGGACAACGAGCUGGAGUUGUAUCGUAUGACACCGGGAAUGAUGCCGCGUGUGUUCAGCAACACGAACUUCGAGGCCCUACGAACGUACGAGACCACCUCGUUCCAUACGAUUAACGGAAACGAGGGCGAACGGCGUCCGAACGAGUCGCUGCUGUCGUCCGAUAAUGGGAAUCGUUGCGCGACCGAUAACGUUGUACGAAAUAAUGAGAGAACAACGACAACAACGACACUGAACGGCGUUGACGAGCCGUCCAGAAACUUAGCCACCGGAAACGAAUUAAUGAACACGAGGAAUCUGGCACGAAGUAUGUCGCGGAUCAGCCAAGAGAGUAGAAACAACACGGAGAAUUCACAGAGGGAUUGCCACGGUCAAUCGUCCCAGAACAGGUGUAACGAGACUGACAGAUCGAGAAGCCAGCAGGUGGAUCAAGAUGAACCGUCGUCUGAUCUUAGGAAUGUACGCUUUGAGAACAGCCAAGGAAUCGACGAAACCGAUACGAACAACGAAUCCAAUCCGGUCGGAUAUUAUAUUCGAAACAGAGGCUCCGAUGAAGUAGGUAGAUCUCAGUCAGCGGAAAUCGAGUCGAAUUAUUCGGACGAGGAGACUAGGAAUUUCGGAGCCCUUGCGGAUAUCCGUGAGAGUCGAGUAUAAAUGUGAUGUCCUAGGAGGAUGUACAAUUGUACACUUUCCACGCCAGAAAUAUGUGUCGA